UCGGCCGGGGAAGGAGGUGACACCGACGCGACCUGCGCCCGCCGACGUUGUAUGACCUCGCCGUCUGUGAGGACGAGGACUGUCGGUUCCUUGUGCCAACAGUGUGGGUAGUUUUGAGUUCGCUGGCGCAGCGAUUUCGUGCCGACAGGUGUUUAUGUUUUUAGGUUCCAGUUAGGUGAUGAUUCGGCGGCACACGCUGUCCAUCUCGCGUCGUUUGUUUCUGUGGUCGGCCAGAGUUUGUGAUUUGGACCGAAGUCCAAGCAGAAUCGUUUAGAGCUCGCGUCAGAUUUGCGCAGCAGGGAGCGCGGACAGUGCGGUGCGGCGUUCACGGUGGUCGGGGGCUGACAGCCCCUGACAGCCCCUGACAGCGACUGACAGCAGCUGAAAGUGGCUGACAGUUGCUGGAGGACGGAGGGUGAACACAGCAGCCGGCCACAGAGUGAAGGUCAGCUAGGACUGUGCCCUCGGCUCUGUAAACUGCCCGUCCUACCGAACACGGACCGGGCAGAGCGGCUCUGCGAUACUCUGAGGGUGGUGCUGUCGUGCACGGAGCACCCACUGCCCGGGAGUGUUGACGAGAAGCGCCCCGUGGACGGUGAUAGACGGAGAGUAGGACACUGGGCCCUGGGUUCCGACACAGCCGGUAUUGUCGACAUCUAGAGAUGGGCCCGGUAGGGAUACUGACAGUCUUCUGGGCAGCUGGUUCGGCGCUGGCCGCAACGGCUGGAAAACAGAGAGCGUACUUCAAUGUAACGGAGCUACGGGUGCUCGACAUGAUGCUCAAAAACUAUGACCGCAGGGCAACACCAACGUUCGCUGAAGAUACCCCCACAGAAGUAACUGUGGAGCUAUACAUACGCAGUUUUGGUUCCAUCAACCCAUCAACAAUGGACUACGAGGUGGACCUAUAUCUGCGGCAAUACUGGACCGAUCCACGGCUCCGGCACAAAGACAUCACUACGCCGCUUGACCUGAACGACCCGAACCUGGUCAAGGCCAUCUGGAAACCAGAGGUGUACUUUCCGAACGCCAAGCACGGCGAGUUUCAGUUUGUCACAGUGCCCAACGUCCUAAUACGACUGAAUCCAGGCGGGAAAAUUUUCUACAUGCUUAGGUUGAAGCUGAUCUUUGCCUGUAUGAUGGAAGUGUCCAAGUUCCCUCUGGACUACCAAGUAUGCACGAUGGAGAUCGGCAGCUUUUCCAAAACGCUCUCUGAACUGGAGCUCCGCUGGAAGACUGAAAAGCCUGUCGUCCUCUACGAGAGUCUCAAGAUGCCGCAGUUUGAGUUUGGUGGCGUGGAAACAUCCAUGUGUGAACAGGAACAAUCAUCAAGUAUAGGCGACUACAGUUGCCUACAGGCGGCGUUCACACUGCGCCGGUCGCUGGGCUUCCACCUGGUGCAGUCGUACAUCCCCACCAUCCUGAUCGUGAUGAUCUCGUGGGUGAGCUUCUGGAUGGACGUGGACUCUGUACCGGGCCGUGUGACGCUCGGCAUCACCACCCUGCUCACCAUGACCACCAAGUCGUCCGGCAUCCAGGCAGAGGUGCCGCAGGUCUCCUAUGUCAAGGCGAUCGACAUUUGGAUGGGCGUGUGCACGACGUUCAUCUUCGCCGCGCUGCUCGAGUUCACGCUGGUCAACUACCUCUGGCGCAAGCGGCCGACGCUGCAGGAGUUCCAGAGCGCCAUCAGCCGGGAGCACGAACACCAGGAGCUGCACGACGAAAACAACUGGGGACACGUUAAGGGCAAGCAGAAGCAGCAGCCACAUCCGCAGCUGCUGUUCCACGAUCUGCAGCGAACCGAGUCCAAGCGCCAAGCGCAGCGCAUCGAUGCCUUCUCCCGCAUCGUCUUCCCCAUCGGCUUCUUGUGCUUCAACGUCGGCUACUGGCCCUACUACAUGCUAGUGAGCGGCGGCCUGCCUCACGUGAGCGGCCGGGGAGCGGGUGGCGCACGGCCUGGCCGGCGCGCAUCCCUCCCGGUUCGAUCGUGUCGCCGCCGCGCGUCUCCGGGGAGGGCGCGCUCUCGGCGCCAAUGCUGCGGUCGGAUGGGGUCGAUAGGCCUCGCCGCCACUGGGGGAUACCUGCAGCAGGAGGCGGACCGACAGAUACCUGUGGCCGACGCACAGCCACAGCCGCCGCAGGGACCCGUGCACGCGGCGCGCCGAUACCUGACCGGGCGAGCGCGGGGACGAGCCGAGACACUGCGGACAGGUCAAACGCAGCCCUAUUUUUGUGUGUACGUGAAUCGUGGAGAGCUGGGUGUAGACGAGUAGUUGUGUGGCAGGGGCAGACCAGGAGAUGCUUAGGAUUAACCCUCAAACAUUUUACUACAUUGUUCCCGAAAGCUGAAUCUGUUGAACUUCUCACGUUUACGAACUCUAUCGUACAGUGAAAAGUUACAUUUAUGUUUCGCCCUAAAGAAAAUCGACAAAAAUCAACAGGUUUAAAGGUAGUGUGCCAGCUUUCUUGGACCGUAUGGAGUUACUGGCCCAGAUAAGGAGAACCGGAUUUUUAGAACUUAUCCAUACCUUCAAAACUCAUGGAAACGUCUUAAAUUCUUCAAAUUUUGAGUACCCCAGUGCGAAAUUCGCCCCGACGGGUUGUCGGUCGUACCCCAACCACAUUUCACACCACUAUGAACAAUAAAUGCACACACUGAAAUCGCUAUUACCGAUAUGCUCAUCCAAUCAAGUUUCGAUAAACCUGUUCAUCAUCAUCUCCUGCGGUUUCGAACACGCCUGUUAGGUGGCUUCUGAUGCUCGUCGAGGUCGGAAUUUCCAAAUACGCGUGGUGCGUCGGGCCGCGCGCUCUGACUUCGGCCAAGAAAAAUGCGUCAGCUGAUCAUUGUCAUUUCUGCCACUUGCGUGUGGUGAAAUGGGGUCAUAACUUAUAAGACGGCUUUUUCAUAUCAAUUAUUUUACAUAAAAUCAUAUUUCAAACCAUAAAUAAUGUUCGACAGCCAAAUAAAAGAAACAAUACCAAUACGGGCUUACAGUUUAAGGCUCGACAUUGUGUUGUCUACGAUUAGACAGCUGAUAACUCAUUCCCGUACGUCGUAUGGUCGUAACACUAUAAUGACCUUUGCUUAUUGUCACAAGUGCGCCGCAUUCGCGAUUGUUGCCCGACGCCUGUUUGCAGGUGAGCCCACUACAGUUGUUAUUCAUAUCUAAAAACCGAAAAACUUUUAGGCGAAAAAGGCACUAUUCCAGGCCCAUUUUUGAUUUUUUUGCGAUAUUAGGUAAGUAAAAACAGAAGCUUCUUAUCCUAGGAAAAAUAAAAUGGGAAAUCUUUCAAAGGUGGCACACUACCUUUAAGACAACAUAUUGUUUUUUUCAUAUUCUGAAAAGUUUAAACUUUUAGCUGUGCUCUAGGUGCCGGCCCAUUCCUGAAUCGGCCCCUGCUGAGAAGAAAUCGCGUCUCACCGGUUGUUGCUCAAGAUGCUUGUGUUUUCCUGCGCUGAGAAACUUCAAAGGAAAUGUAUCCUGGCCUAGGCUGUCCUAUGGAAGUAAAUACUCUCACCAAUAUCCUGAAUCUCACGAUUGAAUAUCAUGCAUGACGAACUCUCUCUCUCUCUCUCUCUCUCUCUCUCUCUCUCUCUCUCUCUCUCUCUCUCUCUCUCUCUCUCUCUCUCUCUCUCUCUCUCUCUCUCUCUCUCUCUCUCUCUCUCUCUCUCUCUCUCUCUCUCUCUCUCUCUCUCUCUCUCUCUCUCUCUCUCUCUCAGUCUCUCUCUCUCUUUGUCUAUCCCCUCUCUCUCUCUCUAUUUAUUUUUAUGUUUAUUUUUCCCCUUCCUCUCCCUCUUCUGUUCUCUCUCAUUUCCGGGCCAUUAUUGCGUAAGCUUUGGCCGAUCAAUCAUUUUUAGCGCGGUGGUGACCAUUGGGAUCUGGAGACUCUUGUAUGACCAACGACUGCUCAUAUAUAUUCCUGGCAGUCCGCUACCCGAGCUGUCGACUCAGUGCCAACCUGUGGAAUCCGACAACCUGUUGAACCCGCUCGAGUGUCGUGAGAUGGCCCACAAGAGACUCAGAGCUCACUCGUCAUUGCCAGUAAAGGGCACGAACUUUGUUUGUCGGUGUCUUAUCGGAUAGGUUCGGGUGACGGUGAGCAUACAUCGCCCAAGCGCGAUGCAGUGUUUCUGUGUGUAGGCGGAGUCUGUUGGAUGUUUUUCUUUCCGUCGCCGGAUACUGGGCAGUCGCGAGGUGUGCUCAUUGUUUUCUGCCUUGUCUUUGUAGUCGGUUGUUUCUCUCGCUCGCUCAGUGCGCGUCCGAACACAACUGGCCACGAUAUCGCAGGGCGCCAGGCACGGUCUUUGUGGCCGGUCCCCAGUGUCCAUCUAUCGUUCGGUGGCCCAAAGAUCUCCGCAUGGUGUCCUGCACCCGUCAGAUAGCCGAGCGUCAGUCGGCAGUGGACGAAACUGCCACUGCGGUGGACGGGCAGUGCAGUUUUGCUGUGGACGGGACGGCUGCUGUGGACAGUGCAGCGGCUCAGCCCUGGGUGGUGGUGCGGUAAACUGGUUUAGACAGGUGGAUCGGGACAAAAAAAAAUCCAUCGAUUGCAGUAUGCGUUUCGGUGGUUCGAUGCGCCGUGCGGUGAAGUGUGAACCAAACUCUGCUCAGCGAUCUGCGUGUUACCAUCGCGUGCGUGACAGAGAAUUGUGAGUGUUAUACAUGCCCGGCCCGGAGAUGAGAGGACGCGGGUGAAACCGGUAUCGGUCAGAUAUAAUACCCAGCUCGCCAUUUCUGACGCACGUAGCUGAUAACGGUGCCGUGGUCUGCACUCCGUUUCUCUCGGGAUGAUCAUGAGGAGGGCAUGACGUAAAAACCCGUAACUUGAUCGGUGGUCGCUCCGAGAGAGGAUAUUCGAGAAACAGUUUGAUGGUCUCCAAUCAUGAGAUGAGACACGGAUGGCGUUUGUAUUAUAUGUUAUACGAUCCUAUACCGGUGUGCGGAAAGUGCUGUGCGUGUUCUCUGCUGUGUUCGAUGGCGAUCGUGAUAACGCUGUAAGUGCAGCGUCGACAGAACUUGAUGGAGAGUGUGGCUCGUAAUGCGUCUGUUUGUCCGAGAUGGUGUCAGUGCUGGAGUGAGGGCGUGUGCUGGUGCGUGUCGCUUGCGGAUAGCACUCAUCCCUGCUUAGAGUACACUGCUGGCUCGUAACCAGGUGGAUACGAGCCAUAGCUUAGCGAGGCGUCAAGUGAUGCAUGCUCUAUAUUUCGCCAUUCUAUUGGGGUAUUGCGAAGUAAACGUGGCCAAAUGGUGCGACACCAGAACGUGAUGACGUGUUUCGGGAUAUAUAACCGUAUAUUUUUAUGAGGUAGUAUAGCGCUCGUGUUGGCCUGAAAGUUAUCAGUGCUGAGCUUAUAGGGGAAGGGAUUUCAGAUUGGCCGCGUCUCUGAGUUAUGAGUAGAUCACACAAUAAAUUCAAAGGUGUGCUA